AUGUCUAUAAACCAUUUCUCCACUGACCUUCAAGAAACACUCAGCUGGUGGGCACAACAACAUCAACAACAGCAACCCAUCAUCAUGGAACCAAACCCAAACACUUCUUCCUCUAGACCAAACAAACCCCCAAAUAUUUCAAACCCCAAUUCUUCUUGGCCUCCCCAUCUCUACCAUCACUAUCACCACCACUACAACUGGCCCAACCAUUGCAAUCCUCACCAACCCUCCUCCAUGUUCCCUCCUCAAAACCCAACCCUCAAUUUCAAUCUCAACGAAGAAGAGGAUGAAGAACAAGACCAUGAACAGUUGCAGCAGCAGCAAGAUGAAGCACAACAAGGACAUGAACAAGAAGUUCACCAACAAGGAGAAGCACUAGUACUAGAUAAAGAAGCAAUGUUUGAGAAACCCUUGACACCAAGUGAUGUAGGAAAGCUAAACCGUCUUGUAAUACCAAAACAGCAUGCAGAGAAGUACUUUCCACUUAGCAGUGACUCAGUGGACAAAGGGUUGUUACUGAGUUUUGAAGACGAGUCAGGCAAGUAUUGGAAGUUUAGGUACUCAUAUUGGAAUAGUAGUCAAAGCUAUGUAUUGACUAAAGGGUGGAGUAGAUAUGUGAAAGAGAAACAACUUGAUGCAGGUGAUGUCGUUUUGUUUGAACGACACCGUAUGGACGGGGACAGAUUGUUCAUAGGGUGGAGAAGGAGAGGGGAGAGUAGCAGUGCUAGUAGUAAUAGUACUGGGGUGAUGGUGCAGGGUAGUGGUGGUGGGGUGUGGAGUAGAGGAUUAUAUUCUUCUUCAUCAUCUUCUGGGCCUCAUCAUCUUUCUAGUAGUAAUAUGCAACAUGGCCUUGGGGCUAAUGCGUCUGCUGCUAAUGUGCCAUACCAACCUGACUUUCUUCAUGCUGGGUCUGUUGCACAGAACCAGGCAGCACAGCUAGGGAACUCGAAGAGGCUGAGGCUAUUUGGGGUGAACUUGGAGUGCCAGCUUGAUGAGUCUGAUGAGCCAUCAACACCUGAAGGUUCAUCUUUGUCUAGCCUGCAGGGUCCGGGACACCGACAAUUCUACCCUCCAUCUGCUUCUUCUUCAGACACUACUCAUGGUCAAAUGGUAGAGUUGAAUCAAGACACGAAAAACCAUGCCGACCAAGCCGAACUAACUAAAAUAAUGACACAGUUUGCUUUGGAAUUGGCCUCUUCUCUUGCUUGUAAAGUUGAAAAAUGUGAAAUCCAUUAUUUUCCUUCAACCCCACACCAAGAAAAAAAAGGAGCUCCAGACACUAUGCCACAAUGGAUGGGGGUCCGUUCAAGGAAGUCACUCGAUAGGCCCAGCCAGCAUGAUUAUAGAAGCAAUCCUAAGGCAAGUGAUUGGCUUCAUAUUCAAACGAGAGAGAUACCAUUGACCUCCGCUAGCGAUGGUGUCCAGUGUUUAGUGCUCAGCAAGUGGGAUGGCCCCCAAAUUAGUGUUGUUAUCAUUGGUAUACAGACAGUGGCCAAUCAAGGGAAUGAAGGGACUGGUCCUGGGUGA